CUGGUUACUGUUGCCGUGAUUCUGCGGCUGCCGCGGCUGCCAGCAACAGGACAAAGGCACGUCAACACGUGAUGGCAACUGAGCUUCAUAAAUGGGACCAGGGGGGAAAGAAGGGGAGGCAGACUGUUAAGAAGGGGAGACGUCGGGCAAACCGCAACAGCAGCAGCGAAGGAGGAGGAGGACUGGGCUUAGGGGAGGGCGGUGGACGCACCUUGCUCUCCUCCCAGACUGGCAGCCAGGAGCAGUGCCGAAAAGAAGCACAUGGUGAGGGACGCGGACGGCAGAGGCCGGCGCACGCCCUGACUGGCUGAGAGAAGAAGGGACCGACCCUCUGCUACCUCCUGCCUGCCGCCUGCCUUCUUCCUACCCCUGCUCCCCAGCUGUUGCAGCUUCGCCUUCUCUGCCUCUGCCUCUGCCUCCUCCUCUCAGUGCCUCCUGGCGGAGAAACUCGCCCGCUCCCCGCUGAGGGCAAAGCCUUGGAGUGGCGCCUCCCAAGGGUCCGGCAGGAGGACCCAUCAAAGAGAGCACGAGGCGCGCAAAGCCUGCCAAGAAGACCAGCGCUCUUCUCGGCUGAGGGGGACCCGCAGGAGACGGUGCCAUGUGAACGUGGAGAAAGGGUUUCUUCCCACACUUUCCCCCCCAGUGCGUAUAACUGAAAUCUGGGGUUAUGAAGUCAGUCCUAGAUGGCCUCGCAGAUACGACCUUCAGAACAAUUACGACAGACCUUCUUUACAUGGGUUCUAACGAUAUCCAGUACGAGGAUCUUAAAAGCGACAUGGCCUCCAAGCUAGGAUACUACCCACAAAAAUUCCCUCUUUCUUCCUUCCGAGGUGAUUUCCGAUCAAAAAUGACUGCAGGAGAAGAUGCCGCCAUCUUGGGUGUGCACUCAUCGGAUCAAAUCAAUAUUACAGAUUUUUACAACAAGACCCUGUCCACCUUCAAGGAGAAUGAGGAGAAUAUACAAUGUGGGGAAAACUUCAUGGAUAUGGAGUGCUUUAUGAUUCUGAACCCGAGCCAGCAGCUGGCCAUUGCAGUACUGUCUCUUACCCUGGGCACUUUCACAGUUCUGGAAAACCUUCUUGUCCUGGUUGUCAUCCUGCACUCCCGAAGCCUUCGCUGCAGACCUUCCUACCAUUUCAUCAGCAGCCUGGCAGUUGCUGAUCUCCUGGGCAGUGUGAUUUUUGUCUACAGUUUUGUUGACUUUCAUGUUUUUCAUCGGAAGGACAGUCCAUAUGUGUUCCUGUUCAAACUGGGUGGAGUUACAGCCUCGUUCACUGCCUCAGUUGGCAGCCUUUUUCUCACGGCAAUAGACAGAUACAUAUCUAUACACAGGCCCCUGUCUUACAAAAGGAUUGUCACCAGACCAAAGGCUGUUGUAGCAUUCUGUGUGAUGUGGACCAUAGCUAUCGUAAUAGCUGUCCUCCCUCUGCUGGGCUGGAACUGCAAAAAACUCAAUUCUGUUUGUUCAGAUAUAUUUCCACUAAUUGAUGAGAACUAUCUCUUGUUCUGGAUUGGGGUCACCACUGUACUUUUGCUUUUUAUUGUGUAUGCCUAUAUGUAUAUACUGUGGAAAGCCCAUAGCCAUGCUGUUAGAAUGCUCCAGCGUGGCACUCAAAAAAGCAUAAUAAUUCACACUUCGGGAGAUGGGAAAGUGCAGCAGAUCACUAGGCCUGAGCAAACACGUAUGGACAUAAGGUUAGCCAAAACCUUGGUCCUCAUUCUUGUGGUUUUGAUCAUCUGCUGGGGUCCUCUACUCGCAAUUAUGGUCUAUGAUGUCUUCGGGAAGAUGAACAAGCUUGUCAAGACUAUCUUUGCCUUCUGCAGCAUGCUCUGUCUGCUGAAUUCCACAGUGAAUCCCAUCAUCUAUGCUCUCAGGAGCCAGGACCUGAGACAUGCUUUCAGGAGCAUGUUUCCAAGUUGUGAAGGAACUGCACAGCCUCUUGAUAAUAGCUUGGAGUCUGACUGCCAGCAUAGACAUGCUAACAAUCCAGGUAAUGUCCACAAGGCUGCUGAAAAGUGUAUUAAAAAUACAGUUAAGAUUGCCAAAGUGACCAUGUCUGUCUCCUCAGACACAACUGCAGAGGCACUGUAAAACAAAGACCUCUCAGCAUCAUGAGAGAACAAGAGAGUAAGAGAAAUCAAGAGAAAUUCAUUACUUCAGAAGUGUGUGUUUUCUCAAAUGUAUCAUUUUAAAGUUUGUUCUCAUUCUUUUAAAAAAGUGGCUGUUUUUAUGAGUCCUGAGCAGUAGCCCCCACCUCCAAGUUCUACAAAUAAGGUUGUAAACUAUGGUCUGAAUAUGGUUUUCCUUUGGCAAAAUGCUAAUUUAAUAAUAAUAGCUACAUUCUAUUAUUAUGCACAAAACACCACAUUAAUCAGUGAGAAAAAAUGUACGCAUGGGGACCUUACUGAAAAUUGAGACAUGUACAACAGUGUAAUCAAAACAGAAAUAAAAUUUGAAAUUGUAGUUUUAUUUCCAACGUGAAAUAUGUUAAUUGUCUGUAACUAGGUUUUCAUUCCCCCUCCCCAAAAGCGGCAGUACUGGAUUGUAGAAGUUUUGUACCAUGUCUUGUGAGAUGUAUGAUGUUUCACUGUAUGUUACUGAUAUUUGUCUAACCAAAGUGAUUAGGUAGACUUGUGUGGAAGUAAAGUAAAGUAUGUGAUGAUGUAUCACCCUCCACCCCAUGAAAACUCUUCCCAUAUUUUGAAGAAUUCCUAUGAGGUAUUUUGAAAAUUUUACAUUCUUAGUGGUUUUUUAGUGAACUUAAAAGGAAAGACUUUGUAUUUCUUCUGCUCACAUUUGAAAUCCCAAUUAAGUAUAAAACUCAUGUAAAUAUGGGAAUAACAGCAACAAAGGAACAUAAUACACUGGUUCAAACACACUAAAAAAGAAAACUGUAUUUUUCAAGGGGCCAUCUGUUGUCUUGUAGAGUGUUGGCUUUUUGUGGGAAAUCGUUUGAAUACAAACAUUACCCAAAAGGAAGAUUUCAGGUAGGGGCUUCUUUAAUUGAUAACUGGGGUUUUUUUAGUCUGUUUCUGCUAGCAUUCGAUCUCAGAAGACAGCAUGUGUCCAAUUCAAAAUGUACAAAGUCAUCGCUGUGAUGUAUACUUGAAAUGUGUGGCAUUCCUAAGUCCCAGGUUUAAAUAGAUUUCAAGCCUGAGAUGCCAAACAUCAGUGUUCGGUAACAAGAGGAUAAAGUAUUAGUAUUAGACUUUUAAACAGUGUAUGUGUGUGUGUGUGUGUGUGUAUAUAUAUAUAUCUCCUUAAAUAAGAUCUAUGUACUUGUGUGUAUUGUGUACGUAUUCUAAAUAAGUGUGGGUUACAUUAAUAUUACUAAGAUAAGAAAUUGUGACCAAAUGUUUUCCUUGUAUUUCUUGUUGCACUCUUUGCACUUGAAUUCCGUUUCUAAAAGUGAGUUCUUCCAACCAAUCAGUAGUGAAAAUACAGCUUGUAAGAUUCAGAGCACAUUUGCAAAUCCAUUCUGAAAACCCAAACUGAUAACUAAAGGGGAAAAAAAUAAUAUUUCAGUAUUAGUAAAGGACAUAAACCCAUUUAUCCACAAUAACCACAAGAAUAAUCAGAAGAUGAUGAAUGGUGUUUUGGACAAACAGAGGAAAGUUAAAACAGGCAUUCAGAAUUGUCAGAAUCCGGCCCUUCUAGCCCUGAAAUGCAAAUACAGACCAUCAAAGUAGAGCAAUUUAAAGGCCCAGGGCCUAGCCUCCACCCACUCCAGUUGCAGAAGCAGGCUUCUUAGGAAAGCUCUAGUAGCAGGGUGGAGAGAAGAGCCCCUAAACCAAAGCAUCAGAGCAUAGUUGAAGCCUCUCAAGGUUAAGUGCUCCAAAUCCCCAUUCUCUGCCAGAAUUAAGGAUGCAAGAGGCAAAAAUUGACAUUCCAAACAUUUAAAAGGAAUAGUAUUUAAGCCUUACAAUCCUUAUUGCUAGAACAGGGCUGCCCUGAUUCAGCAAAAGUAAUUCACUUGUGGAAGCAAGCUUCCUUGUUAGUAAAAUGUGCCAUCGUGUCAGUGUCGACUCCUGGCUCCCACAGAGCCCUGUGGUUUUCUUUGGUAGAAUACAAGAAGGGUUUACCAUUGCCAUCUCCCGUACAGUACGAGAUGAUGCCUUUCAGCAUCUUCCUAUAUCGCUGCUGCCCGAUAUAGGUGCUGCCAUAGUCUGGGAAACAUACCAGCAGGGAUUCAAACUGGCAACCUCUGGCUUGCUAGUCAAGUCAUUUCCCCACUGAGCCAUUAGGUGGGUUCCUUGUUAGUACCCACUUCUUAAUUAGAUGCUGAUCAUGCAAAAGAGCACUCAUUUGGCCUAUAACCAUUUUUCUAUUCUGAAUCUCUGCAUCCUGCACUCAGGACAGUGUAUGGGUCCUACUCUGGGUCAGAGUCUAAGUACAGAGCCAGGUUUCUGAGGGGGCACUUUGGGAGAUGCAUCUAAUGCUGUAUUUGUGUGGGUGUGUAUAUGCAGAUCCUACUGUUGCAUGUGGAGCUGUAUGUCUGGGCCAAUAAUGGGUACAUGGAAACAGAAACCAUUACAGAUCAGGAAAAGACAAAGCUAACAUCAUUUCAUCAUCUAGUCAUCUAGUCAAAAUACUGCUGAGGGUGCAGAUAGAAUGUAGCCUGCCAAGAACUGAAGCUCCUGAUUGGGGAGACAUGGCUUGGGGUAAGAGGAUAUUGACUAAGGCAGCCUUGUGUAUUUAGAAUCCUCAGAGGUGAGUUCUGAGGCAGAAGAAAAGGAAGGCAGCCCUGUGGCUGGAAGGCAAGGCAGACUUGAAAGUGUCAGAGAGUCCACCCUGUUCAGCAGAGCAGAUCUGUUUCAAAGAGCUGUUUUCCCCACUCUGCAUUUUAAAUGGUUUGAAUUUUUAAUGUAAACCUCCCUGAACUGCUUUAGGAUGGGUGGUAUAUAAAUAAAAAUAAAGUAUUGCUUCAAAAUACACUGCCAGACGGGUAGGGAGGGGUUGAGUAAAACCCAGUCACAUAUAUGUUAGAGAUCAAUCUGACUUCUUUGUAAAGCAGGGGAGGAGAUGGAAGAACAUAUGCCACAAGCAGUUUGCAAUAUAAGCAAGAAAAUCCUUCCUCACUCACUACCUAGGAGUUUUUGCUAGCAUUAGACAGUGGAGAUUUCCUUCUUGGUCCUGGUCAGUGAUCUAGAGAAGCAUCAAGCUUGUGAAUUACCGGGCAAUGGAAGAGGCACAUCUUGUCUUUAAUGCAUGUGUUUUAGGAGCUGUCUUAUGCAAAGUUCUUUUAAUAGAGAAGAUCCAGUGAAGUAGGUGGGUCAGUCAGCUCUGGGUAAAAUAGUAGUUUAAUAACUCCUCUCUCACUACUUCUUUGUCAAGAAUAAUAGCUUCACAAAAUUUAACAUUAGAUAAGGUUCUGCAUCCUCUAUAUGAAAUCAGCAGUAGAUUCUGAGUGUAAAUAGGAGAGAGUGCAUUUUACACUCAUUGUAUAUUGGGUAACCGAAUGCAGAGGAACAGAUGUGACUUGACUUGAGACCUCAAGUCAGUUGAGGUCUCAACUUGUUGAUUAGUUCAGCCUUGCAAGUUAGGGCCAAACUUAAUUAGGUCAUUAAAUUAGGUCAUUAAUUAGAUCGUUUGGUUCCAAGGUAUCUUUUUUUUAAAAAAAUGUAAGUAGUAGCUAUGAGGACAGCAAUCCAGAUUUAGGACCAUGAUGUGGGUGAGUGAGACUUUAACCCUUUGUUCCCACCAAGAUGCUGAUCCAGAUUUGGGGGAAGGGGCAUGAGUGCUAUUUCUCCUGGAAAGUAGUCUCCCAUUCAUGCCAAAUGAGAAUUCCCUCUCAGGGCAAAGAGCAGCUGCACUCAGAUCAGAACCAUGGUGGGGACAAAGAGUUAAAACUGUAGCCCCAAUUCCAGUUCCCCCUGUGUGGGUGCAAUGACAUUUAAAAAACCAAAUGCCCAGGGCAAAACAAUAUGAUAAACAUCACAUCUAGUUUGACCCUUAGCCAGUCACUUGAGAGGUAUAACAGUUCCUUUCAGGUGAAGCUGCCCGGUCUAUUGGCAAAUACUUUCUACACCUUCUUGGUGAGGUUGGACUGGAUGUAAGAUAGAGGCAUUUAGUUGCUUGAUCCUGGAAAAUGUAGCAUGGUCCAUGAAGGGCUCAGUUAUUUCCAUUCAAGGUUUGUUUUUUAAAUCAAUCCAUAGUUCUAAUGUGUGCUCCAAUAUUCUCCAAGAAACCCUCUCACAAGGGAGUUUCCUGUGACUUCAACUGAGGGCAGUUUUGCCAUUAUUAUCCUUUUCAUGGACAGAGUUGCCCUCUCCAUUAAAAUGAAUGAGUAAGCCCUUACGGGCAGGCUUCCUCCAUAGGUACAUUGAACCUGCCAUACACACUUGAAAUGGUAUGAUUGAUCAGAUUGUGCUAAUUUCAAAAGGAGUCGGAAACUUUUAUCAUCAUGAUUUUUACAGUAAAAACCAGUAGCUAGUUAGGUAUCUUCAGAGGGAAGUUAUUGAGUGUUCUGGACUCAAUCCAGGUCACAAGGGUGCAGCUUCUGUGUGCAGAGGGAUUCUCGUAGAACAUGGCAGGAUCUUGUUUGCCUUUCUUCUGCAAUGUGCCAGACUGUUACUGGGAAUGGGAGGCUUGCAUUAGCCUCCUAUAGCCCUGUCCAGUUUUUCUCACUCUGUUUGUUUAAGGAAUGUGCAGUCCUCUGAUGCACUGAGUGGCUAUGUGGCAUGUAUGGGGAGGAGUGAGAGUGAGAAAUAGGAUGUGGAUUAUGCCCUAAGGCAGAGGUUCUCAAACAUUUUGAUACUGUUACCCUCUAAAAUAAUAUAUAAAGCUAUGUGACACACACACACACACACACACACACAAACACACACAUGUUUAAAGCUACUGGCUGACAGCCUGACUAUUGAUGUGUAGACCAGAAACAUGUUGCUGAGGAAGAAUGCCCACACUUUGAAAGCAUGCAGAUGAGUGCAGGGGCUAGUGCUUUGUUGAUGUUAGGAGUACACACAAUUUGUUAGUCAGGAUGCCAGCCACUGAUUUGAUUUGGUAGAGAUAAGUAAAGCAUGUGUGCCUUUUAAAUGAGGAUGAGCUUGCUUGCACCUACUGAUCUGUUCAAACAGUUUUAAGUUUGAGACUGCCAGUCUAAUUUCAGGCUCCAAACUAUUUUUACUAGGUAUUUGCUCAUUAUAGCAGCAACUACUGAAAAUUCUGACUCACACAAGUAGGAAUCAGCUGAAGGGAUUCAGUAUUUUCAGGGCUUUCUCACUUAAUUCUUUGUACUCAGUUUUGCACUGUGGGCCAAAAUUCAGAAAGAGAGCCAGUCGAGAACGUAAAGUGAAGAACUGCUUAGGCUUCUCCAAGGCAUGUGGGGCAGGGGAAAGAGCUCCCAGCCAGCAAUUCAACAAACCGUUGACUGGGGAAACUCUGUAGAGGCUGACUGGCCCCGUCCCCAGUGUUGGCCCCACCCCCUGCACCUGAGAUCAGAUGCAGGGGGCAUGGCUUGUGGUACACACAUGCUUUGCAUGCAUGAUUAGAAAUCAAAAGGGGUGAAGGAGCCACUGGCAGGACAUCAUCCUCAGGCUGCAGGCAUGCUCCUUACGCCCAUGGAUUUGUUCUAACAAAUGUCUCCCAAGAGGGAACUCUCCCCUGGCCCAUCAGCCAAAGAAGUGCUACUGCUGUGCUUGCCCUUGGUUUUGUGAGCAGCAGAGGAACCAGUAGUUUGGGGCUUCUGUCUCUCUCUGCUUCCCAUCAUCCCUGACUGUCUCCACACCUUGAACAUGUCAGGUAAGGCCAGGGCUGUCCUUAGAGAGCCCUGGCAGGGUAAGAGACCUGGGGCAAAUCAGCUAGUGAGGGGCCCCUUCCGUUUAAUGCUAAUGGGAGUUAAAAGAGCUGGGCCCAGGGUGGUCACCCUGCUUGCCAUGCCCUAAGGACAGCCCUGGGUAAGGCCCCUGCUCUCCUGACAGCUCCCUUCUGAGUUGUUUGGACAACUCAAAUUGGGGCCCCCGUGGGGGUCUUGAACUCCAUUUUGAGAACCCCUGCCCUAUGGGAUCCCUUCAUGUGCAGUCUCUGUGCCCGUGAUGGACUGGACUGAGCCAUCCUUAGUUUGAAACUUCUUUCUUCCUCUAACAGUAGUACAUCUUCUAUCUGAAUCAGUUCUGGAGAAAAGGAGACCCAAAGUACAAAGAAAAAAUAUUUCAAGAUCUAUUUUUGAAACCGUCUUCUUGUGAUUUUAAUGCAUACUGUAUAGGUUUUUGUUUAUGUAUCCAAGCUCUUAAAUUUAUGUGAUUUAAAAAAAAACAAACUAUGGGACAAUGGGGCUGUCUUGGCACUAAACAUGGUGCUUAUUGAUAUAAUAAGAAACAACAUCCUGUGAAAUAGUAUCAUGCAUUCAUCAAUGUAUUUCAUUUGCAUAUAUGAGUUUAAGUGUGUGUGUGGGGGGGAGCUCUCUUAAGUGUGCGUGUUGGCCAAACACCAUUUCUCAGCUGACCUGGCUAUGAAGUCCCUACAAAAUGUAUGCUAAAUAUAAUGGCUGUUAGAUACUGUACUUAAGUUAGUUGUACUUUAACCAUGCUUCAGAACUCAAGGCUAUGCAAAUGCUUAGGAAGGGGAGGCACAGCUCCUCCUAAUCCCUUUUAGCAGGUGCCAGAAAUCAGCACACUAUUCCAAUGACAUCCCUCCCAACCAAGAGGUAUUAUUAUUUAUAGUAUAGUGCCUAAAAGUAUACUUAGACACUUUCACUGUCAUUGCUGUGGAACAGUAGCACACCUCCUAAUCUGUUUAGUUAAUCUGCAAGUGUUCUUAAAAUCUAGGUUUCUGCAUCUAUCAUUUCUGGGGCCCAUAAAAUGCUGUGACCCACCUGUCACAGCAUUGGAGUCCACAAUUCUGUUUCCUGUGUCUGCUUCUUUCUGCGCCGAAGAUGACAGCAAACAUUGGAAGCUGACCUGUCUGUCCCAAACCAGAGCAUACAUGUAGCUCAAACCAGAGCAUACCUGUAGGCUGUGUUAUCCAGUGUAUUCAUGUAGCUCUACUGUAAACAGGAUUCUGUAUUCCAGUGGAGGCGACAGGGGAGUGUUCCACACAUGUAUCCCCCUGCAUAUAUGCACUGAAGCACCCAUGCCCAUAAGGACUCAUUGCACUGAGAGGCCUGGUGAGCAGGGGGUUGUCCUAAGAGGUAUGAUGCCUGUGAGCAUGAAGACUCCAUUUAGCAAUAGCCAUUCAACUAUGAUAUCUGAAUGUGAAGAUAGCCAUUGAGGUGGGGCAAGAAACAGUAGGCAGUUACCACAGCCAAGUGGCAACCCAAAAGAACGGGGUCCUGCACCAUUGCCAUGGGUGCCCAGUUGAACCUGGUGAGGCAGAGGGCAGCUUGUGGAGCAUGAUGCAAAUGCAGUGCUAGUGAAUGGCUAGCUGUGUGAUACAGACCGAUGAUGUCAUUGGCCCUCUGCAUGCAAGGCACUGCUGGCCAUUCACCACCAACUGCCCAAAUGGAUGCUGUGCAGUCUGUCUCCUGAUUCAUUUGCCUCCAUGCCUGUCCUGUGAUAAAGGCAUGGCCUACCCAUCCUUUUGGGGCACUGCCUGUUUACUGCUUUCUGCAUACCUCAUCAGCUACCACUGCCUAAAUGGAUUAUCUCUGUUUUCAGAGGCAGGAGACCUCUGAUAAACAGAUGCUGGGGACAAACAGUGGGGGGGGGGGACUACCAACUCUUUGAUGUCCGGCUUGUGAUCUCCCAGAAACAUCCAGCUGGCCAUGGCUGGAGACAGAACAUGGACUGGAUGGACCUUAGUCUGAUCCACCAAGGCAAUUCUUAUGUUUUCAUGCAUCAUGAACAAGUGGCUUUCUUCAUUUAGGGAGGUUUGCUAUGAAAAAAACCCACCUUCCUUUAGGCUAUGCUAUUUCCAAUUGUCCAUGUUCCCUUGGUAAUAGCCUAGCAGCUUAUCCACACGCUGCUUCAUAGCCAACCACCCACUCUCAUAAAAUGAGUAGCUCCGUGGUUAACAGUUCUGUGUAUUUAUUAACUUUAAAUGUUGUGUAUAUCUGUACCAGAGACCAUCUGUAUUAUGUGCAAGUUAGAUUCUCAACAGUCUUAAUGUAUAUUUGUAUAUUACCUCCUCAAUGCUGUGCAAUCACUAUGGAUUUCUUUUUCUUGCACUGAUUAAAAUGCCUCUUGUAUGAUAAACAAAACCUUUCAUGUGACGAUAUAGGGUUGAAUGUAUGUAAAUAAAAUAAACAAAACAUUUUAAAAUGUCAGCUAUACAAGCAGUGGCCUAACAAAAGUCUGUAAUUGUAGAAUAGAACAAUUAAGUUGCUGUGACAUCUGAAAAGUUUCCAGGGAUGCAAUGUCAGAGAAAGGAAAGUCUUUCCUUGUGAUAAUAUGAAAUAGCAAAAUUGGAUUUCUGUAGGUUUUUAUUUCCAUUGUUUCCAAGUGGAGAGCCUAUCUCUUUUAAUGUCUGUAAAUCUAACAUUAUUACUUUCUCCUUGAAGUAUAUUGUAUUGUUAGAUGUUUGUUUGAGCUGGUAACAUCCUUGCAACUGCUGCAAUAUGUUUCUGUUGGCAAAUUGUAUAUUACUUUGUACACAAGUUCUGGUAAGACUGUCAUUAAAAGUAGCUUCUACCAUUAAACUACCUAUAGAGAAAUAGUAGUUCUGUAAUAUUACCUAUGUAUUACUACCAUACCAUAUUUUAUUUCUCCAGUGUAAUUAAACUAUUAUUUAUUCAAA